AUGGCCAAGCACCGUCGCGGGUGUGCUCUGCCUCCUCGGAGCUCCGUCGCGGGUGAGCUCCGUCGCCGCGGGCGCGAGCUGGUCCUCCACCACCGGCGAUCACGGACGCGAGUGCAGCUGGUCCUCCACCCCCGGCGUGCUCUGCGGGGGAGCUGGUCGUCCACCACCGGCGUGCGCGGACGCGAGUGCAGCGGCGUCGCCAUGCCCGACGCUCCCAACCGCUCGCGAGGAAACUACUGCGGACGCAUCUGCGCUGAUGACCCAGGUCCCGUUUCUCUGCACGCAUGCCCGCAACGCUUCGGUGAGUCCCGUUUCUCUGCCUCAGCGUCAGAGCCGGUGAUCUCGUGUCCGCUCGGAGCAUGUUCGACAAAAUGCCAACGAGGGACACGAGCUUCGAACUGCAUCGCCCGGAGGCCGGAGCAGCAACAAGCGACGUACGCGCUGGAGUGCUGGAUGUGA